AUGUCUGAAUACUGGAAGUCAACACCGAAAUACUGGUGCAAACACUGCAGCGUGUUUGUGCGCGACACCGGGCUCGAGCGCGCCAACCACGAAUCGACCGGAAAGCACCAAGGCGCCAUCAAGCGUUCUCUUCGGGACCUGCACCGCAACGCCGACCAGAAAGAGCGCGAUAAGGAGAGGGCAAAGCGCGAAGUCGACCGGCUCAAUGGCGUCGUCUCCGGGAGCAGCGCCGGUGCAUCGGGCGCGUCCAAGUCGGCAACAAAACCCAGCGGCGGGGCGUACGGCGCACCACCGCAACAAGCCUCACAAACAGACAGGCAGAAACAGCUCGAGCAGCUGGCCGAGCUUGGUGUCAGUAUCCCGACCGAGCUGAGGGGCAACAUGGCCAUGGUGGGCGAGUGGACAGUCACUUCAACAAGGGUCAUCGAAGAGGCAGGCCAAGACGCGGACGGCAAGGAUCCGAGUCUGACAGAGGGCCGCGCGACCGGAAGGAUGCUGAGCUCGACGCUUUACUCAGUGGGCCGCUGGUCAAGGCGAAGAAAAGAGGAGGGCGCGUCUCCUGACGCCAACGUCAAGGUCGAAGAUAGUCAGGAGGAAAAACCGGCGGAGGCUACUUUGGCGACAGUUAAGCAAGAGCUUUCGCCGCCGAUCAAGGACGAGCCUGCUGAUGGACCGGGGUUAUCUCCCACCGUGGAGUCAGCUCCGGCCGUCAUACACAUUGCUGCCCCAGCGUCAGUGCACGCCAUGGCGGGGGGUCUCAUCACGCCUGGACUGAUUCCGUCCGUCCCUGACUAUCUCAAGGAGAGAAACAAAGAAUACAAGGCUUUGCGCCGCAGCCGGGUCAAUGGCACCAGUCGCUAUCCCUCCCCGCCCCCCUCAUGGCCUCCUGGCCGAUGCAUGCUUACCAGCCUGCCCCCCGAGCUGCUCGUCAUGAUUUGCCGCCUGUUAUACCAGGCCGAUCUCUUUCAUCUUGCUCUCACCUGCCGCACCCUGGUUGCUCCGACGACAGACUUGCUGUACAGGCGCGACAUAUCCGAUUUUGACUGCCUCGCUUUGCGGUACGCCUGCGCCUUUGGCAUCGUCCCAACGUUUGAGCGCACUAUCAGUUACGGCGCGUCCCCUAGCCAUAUUUUCAAGCCCCGUUCCCAUGAGGAAUGCCAUUGGCACAUUGCUCAACCGGGGUUCUCUCCUGUUUCCCGCCGCGUUGUUUCCGAUACUCCGAUCUGUACUGCUAUCUUUGCCAACAAACUGGACAUGGUUCGACUCCUGAUCGAACAUGGCGCUGACGUUAACACCAAGGACCCAAAUUACCCCCGCGGGGGCUUCCGACCAGGCGGUACUCCCAUGGUCCGCCGCCUCCUGGACGCCGGGGCCGACCCCAAUCAGCACACGGAAGUUGGUAUAUUCCUCCGGACGCCCCGUCGCGCAGGGCCCGGCGCCACGCCGCUUCUCCUGGCCAUGCAGUCUGAGGUUUCGGUCGAGAUGGUCAAGCUGCUGCUUGAGCACGGGGCCGACCCUUUGAAAAUUGCCAUACGGCUUCUUGUGGCCCACGGAGGCGCCCACGAGCUGUCCUACAUUUCCGGUACCGUAGAGCCGCGCUCUCCCUUGCCCAUGCUGUACCGUCAUUGGGGCCAUCCCCAGGUUACCGAGGUUCUCGAGCUGUUUAUCACCCAAGGGGCAGACAUCACAAGCUGGGCGCAGCGGGUGAUUCCUCCCACGUUGUCCGUCAUUUGGUGGGCCCAAUCGCUUAUCCCUUUCUCCUUUGGCGACAACUUACCGGAUAACGCGUUGGCGGCUACCGAAAAGGCGUGCAAGGUGAUCACGCUUCUGGCCGAAGCCACCCUCGACAGGGACCACGACGAAUCGACCCAGUCUACCCCAAAGUCAACCAUCAUCGAUGCCGUCGUUGACGUUUCUGUGGAGGGCCUAGAGAUACCCCUUAGCAGAAAGGGCCAGACAGCCCUGCGUUGGAUGUGCCGCUUACCCGACUCUCAGGACAACCUGCGGAUCAUUCGCCUCCUGCUGAAAUACGGCGCCGACAUGACCAGCCCCGAUGCCCACGGACGGACUGCACUCCACCACGCGGCUGCAUUCAGCUCUGGCGAUCGGUUGCGGGAACUCAUAGGGUUCCUCGGCGGCCCAACAGGCUCUGUGCUUGCUAUCGACGUAGCCGACACGAGGGGCUGGACCCCGCUCCAUUAUGCUUGUCUCUUUGGUCCCUGGAUUAACCUUGAGGACCAAAUGUCCACCGCUCGGCUGCUGCUGGAGAACGGGGCCGCUGUGAGCACCAGGACGAAGAACGGUUGGACACCGCUGUCUCUCGCUGCCCUCGCCGCAAACUAUGGCUUGGUCAACUUGCUGCUAGAUUGUGGCGCCCACGCAAACGAUUUAUUUGUUCCGCGCGAAGGCGAAACUCAGGGAACCUUGGUCCCGAUCGGCCGUAUCGUCUUCCAUGACUGUGGCCCCUACAGCUGGCCGGGCCCCUGUCUCAAACUACAACCAAUGAAGACCGAGCUCGCGGCCUUCAAGGCGCACAUCGUGGCGCUGCUCAGCCGCCGACUGGGCGUAGAAGUUGUUCUCCCGCCGGUAUUGCAAACCCCCACGUUCCCUCCGGACCACCAAUUCCAGGACCACUACGACUAUCGUGCGCCCUUCCCCACGUUCCGAGUCGACAGGUUGGACCAUCCGCUGGGCAUAACUUCGGCAGCCCCCGACGACGCCACGUCGGGUGACUUUGAGGAGGACAUCGACCAGCUUCUCACCAUGCUUGACUCGGCGGGCCUCGAGGCCUUGGUCAUGGCACCCCCUAGUCCGGAAAAAAUGCACCUGUCUUGGAGCGGGAGUCCAACCCGCAACGUCCCCUUGGACUAG